UCGCUCGACCCGACCAUGUCGCUCGCCUCCUCCUCAUCUUCCAUCGUGUCGUCCACCUAUCUUCUCCGUCCCAACAACACCAAUCUCACUUCAAGAGGGAGGUUAUUAUCAAUCAUGGGUUCGCUGCAACGCCGUCAGAGAGACACUACCAUCAGCCAUAAAAAUUGGAGCACCAGUCGGAACGCUGUUCUAAGAGAAGAGAUGGAAGCAACAGCGGUUCCGACGUCGGUGCCGGUGCGUGUAGCUCUCGAGCUACUUCAAGCCGGACAGCGAUACUUAGACGUAAGAACC